AGACCAAAGGUCAUGGACUGAGUUACGACAAUGGAUUUAUCUGUACACAAAGCUUCUCCCACUGGCUGUCAGCUCCGAACUAUGUAAGAAAGUAAAAUUAUUGAUCCUUGACGUUACCUGUUGUGUAUAGAAAUAACGUUUCACAUCCUGGUCAUGUUGUACACACAAGGUAAUACUACUGUACGAUACUGGCCAUGUAUGUAUAUGUCGAACUUGUGUCGACAUACAUGCUGUGUUUUGUUGCAACCAGUUGAAGGUAAAGUACUGCUAGCGCCUCCUAUUCCCAGGUAUACAAGUCUAUCUAAGACAUCACACUAUGGAAAGGAAGGAUAUAUAGGAAGACAUACAUUUGGACGUGUAACGCUAUAAUGAAGAUCUGGCACACACUGGUCUUUGUGUGGGAUAGGCGUUAUACAUGGAGCUCUGCAAGUCAAUAGUGAAUUGGUACUGACGAGCUCACCAGUAACAGCGACAGAUGGAGAGCCCUUCACCUUGAUCUGUAGCGGCUCAUUUGGUUCUGUAACAAACAUAGCAUGGUUGCAGAACAAUACAUCAAAGGUCAUUACGCAACAUAGCAACAGUUGUACUAAGCAACCACCCCUGAUGGGGAAUAAUAACAUCAACCGUUUCAGUGUGAGCUGCAAUGACACGGUCCACAGUAUACAGUUUAGGUUCAACUCCACUACAGACCAGGGAGGAUGGCAGUGCGGGAAGCUUGUAAACAUCAACCACAUAUACCCGAGAAGCAACAUUCAAAGUGUAGGUGUUGCAAGUCCUGUCAUGUCAACUCAGUCUUCAUCAACAACGACCCGGUAUACGGAGACUACCGCAGAAUCUGGGACAGUGACAUCACAGAACGAUGGUGUAAGUCUUGUCACGUCAACUCAGUCAACUCAGUCUUUACCAACAACGACCUGGUAUACGGAGACUACGAUCGAACCUGGAACAGUGACACCACAGAAAGGUGAAUUCGUACUGACGAGCUCACCAGUAACAGCAACAGAUGGAGAACUCUUCACCUUGAUCUGUAGCGUCUCUUCUGGCUCUGUGGUAAACAUAAUAUGGAUCCAGAACAAUACAACAAAGGUCCUUACGCAGCAUAGCAACAGUUGUAUUAAGCAACCAUCCCCUAUGGGGAAUUAUAUCAACCGUUUCAGUGUGAGCUGCAAUGACACGGUCCACAGUAUAGACUUUAUGUUCAACUCCACUACAGACCAGGGAGGAUGGCAGUGUGGGAAGUUUGUAAACGACACCUACAUAUACCCGAGAAGCAACAUUCAUAGUGUAGUAGCUGCAAGGCAUGUUAUAUCAACUCAGACUUCGUCAACAACUAUCCGGUAUACGGAGACUACGUCCGAACCUGGGACAGUGACACCACAGGAAGUCGCCACAGAUGUCGGUGAUUCAGACACCAUCUACAUCGUGGUUGGUGCUGUAGGUGGAGCUGUUCUGCUUGCCGUCGUUGUCGUGGGCAUCAUAUGUAUCCGACGUAGAAGAGAAGGAGCACAUCAUCAAAAUGACAUGAAACAAGAAAGACAUGUUGAAGCCACGCCAGUUUAUCAAAACACCAUAAGCUUCCACACGGUUUCAGAUUCAUCCGCUGCAGUGACGAAUCCAGAGAAUACGCAACAAGAUGAUCCAAUAGUGUCUGAAGAUGUCAACACACAGAACAUGUAUGAAAGCCUAACAAGUGUCGAAAUGCACAUAUAUAGGCGUCUAAAAUAGAACUGAAUGUAAAUAUAUAGAUGUGUAAUUAUAUAUAUUUGACAAUGCUUGUUUGGAAAGUCACACCUAUAGCCCAGUCAAGACGAACGGAAACGUUUCGAAAGUUUUAUUGAGGUCUCGAGUGUCAAAAUUAGGAUAAAACAAAUUGUCAGCAUGAAUCGCUCCCCUGGUUCAGUGGAUAAAGCUUCUGACGGAGAGCGGAACGUCGAUCAUACCAAUAUGAUGUCAAAUGAAUCUUUAUUUACCUAAUACUCGGUAGUAAGGAAAAGAUAGACACUAAUCGGCUCUGAGUUUAUCCAUUGCAUAUGUAAGCUAUCCGUGUUACACAGCGGCAUUGUAUAUGAGUGAGCUGCUACUAUAAAACCAGCAUACAUCGCAACCACACACAAGCAUGUCUGUCUGUUGAAAACCAUCAUCUGUAGUGUAGGUCCGACAUUUAGCUGGAGUAUUGCUGAGUGCGGCGUUUAACAACAAACCGGCUAUAGUGUAGGGCCGUUAACUGUAUACGUUAAUUUGUCAUUUCUGCAAAACAUGUGUGUUUACUGUUCAUAAUGUUCGUACUUUCGGAAAUAUAUCCUACUAUUAAAAUA